AAGGAAUACUUCACGCACAAAAUGAGCUGUUGUCAGUCAGUUAGUCACAGCAUGUUACCUUGAAUUUGUGGAGAAAACUUUGUUUUUCUUGCAUGCCUCCAUGGAAAACAGUGGACAUAUUGAUAGACUUACUGGGGACUACCCGUAACAACAGCAAAACUAUAUCAAAAAAUCUAUUUUACAAACUUUUACAAACUUACACACAACUUGCGCAGUAUAAUAUCAGUAGUAUUUAUCCAGUCGUGCGCUCAUUAAUUCCCAAAAACAUGCAUUUUAGCUAAAAAUAAUCCAAAUAAGUUUCAUUUUCAGUUCAGUUUUAGAGAAAAUACACGUUUGUGAAGCACAACAAAUGAGACUUGGAUCAUGCUGCACGAAUUGUGUGAGUUUUGCUAAUGUUAAACACGGUCCCCAAUCAUUCAAUUAAUCAAUAUAUUUAUUGCUUUCUGUAGAGACAUACAUUCAGGUAACAUGAUAUGACUAACUGAUUUACAAAUGCUCCUUUUGUGGGUGAAGUAUUCCUUUAAAUCUUCAUGCAGGCUCACAAAUGCAUUCAAAAUGUGUGUGUUUGUGUGUACAGUGUGAAGGUGCCCUGCAAUAAGGUUUAACUCUUCUCCAUUGUUCUCUGUAACUUGGUAACCAGAGUUUUACUCACAGAGUGUGGUACACUUUAAAGCCACAAGCUGGAUAGAGGAGUUUGAGGCGUUGCAGUGCGUCUGAAAAGCCCCCCCACACACCCACAGCUGGUUAAUAGUGGAUUUGCAAUGACGUCUGGGUUUAAAGACCUUCAUCAAUCAAGCACUCUGCCUUCUAUUUCAGAUGCACACUUAUUCCCUGUUGGUGUCAGAAAGGCAGGGGAUGAAGUCAGAAACGAGCCCCGGAGGAGGAAGGCAAUGCAUGGCAGCAGUCCAGACAUGGACCAAGAGGCCAAGGCCCGGCGCCAGGCUCAGCUCGAUCAGCGCCAUCUAGAGGCCUACAGGAACAUGCACCGUCUCCGAGAUGCUCUCUAUCGCCGCUAUGCUGCCCUGCUCAGAGACAAGGUCCACUCACAGAGAUUACUGCUGCAGCAGAGAGAUGAGACAGUCAGGGUAAAGUCAGAGAAUUACACCAAGCAGAAACAAAGGAAGUUGGCCUUCGUCAAGCUGCAGCACAAUGACUCAUACCUGGAGUCCCUCCCUAAAACCAGCUAUUACCUGAUCUUUGACCUCCAGAGGCAGCUAGCUGAGCACGGACAUCUGAAAACCCACCAUGACUUGGAGGACUUUUAUGGGCACAUCACAUAUAACUGUCCCCCAUCACAGCUACAGAAAAGUCUGGAGGAUGUCAGGAAAAGGAUGCUGGAAAGCAGACCUGCGAUUGAUUUGAUGACUCAGUACAAGACGUCAGAAAAACAUCCCUGCACUGCUGAAGAUAGAGGACACGAGGGCCAUGGCAGAUGGAGACUACCGACAUUGUUAUUAGAACAAGGGUCUGGUUCAGGGGAGAGUUCGGUGGAGCUGAUCUUCAGUGGCAACCAGGAGAAGGAUGAAAUUGAGCGAAUGUUUCCCAAGAUGAAAGCCCCCACAUUUGCAACCCUACAGCCUAACUUCAUGAGGAGCUUCCAGAGCAAGAUGCCUGAUUUGAUUAUCCCUGAGGUUCCUGAGAAGAGCAGGAAAGCAGAGAUUUAUUUGAGGCGGCUGAGACACAUGUAUGCUCUUUGUUUAACCAACAUGGCUGUCUCCCAGAGACUGCUGGACAGGGAGACAGACUCACUGUGCUGGCAGGAGGAGGGAGGCAACCAAGAUUUGAUGCUUCCAAGCAUUGAGUCCAAACAAGGGAAGACAGGCAAAACCAACCAGCCGCCCCCCUGCUCUCCGAAACAGCCGAAAGUUAUCCAGAAUGACCGUCUGUCAUCUCCUCGGCAUCUCAGCAGAACAACCUCAGCCAGCCACCAAUGUUCUGACACUCUGGUUUGGGACACAGCAGUGUGCUGCUGUAAAACACCUGAUCCUUUAUCUAUUGAAGACGUGUGUCAACAAAAGCAUGUAGAGGUAAUUGACCGUGGGUUUAAGCUCUGGAGAAACUACACAGUAAACACAGAUCACUGAAGAUAUUGCCAUCUCUUUAUGGGGAAUAUGUGCAGUUAUUAUUGUGUUGGUUAUCUAUAAUAUGCAGUUUGUGGAUUCAUUAAUGUCUGUCAACUGUGAGAGAUACUUUUUUCAUUUUCUUUACAUUACCACCAUGUGUUUAUUCCAUGUCAUACUGAUUAGCUACUAUUGCAUACGUUUAUACUGUAAUAUAACAAUGCUACAUGACAUCUUCUUAUAGGCAACAUAGGCAGCAGCUGAGGGGCACCACCCAGAGGGUAGAUUAAAUUAAAAAAAAGCUGUUGUGACAUUCAAAAACAUUAAACAUAAGGGAAAUGGUGGAGUGGAGUGUAUGUGGAAAGCCUUAGAGAAAGUGAAAAGGUGAUC